CUCUCUCCAUCUCUCUCUCAUCUCAUCUCACAAUGUCCUCCCUCCCCCUCCACGUUCACCCCCACUUCAACGCAGAAGAGGCGGCGAUCGCUGCAUCCGAGUUCGUGCAGAGCCUGGACAAUCUGCCUGGCGAGGUGGCGUUCCUCUUGGCCGAGAUCAGGGACAAGGACGAACGCAUCUCCCAACAUCUCAACCGCGCUAACCAGCGGCACGUUGGCCUUACCAAGGGCGUCAAGAACAUUAACGCGACCACAACCCCGGCGACCGCGACAUUCCCUCUGCCAAUUCCCCCAGGCGCGCCGAUCCCCACCGCGCACCUGUCGACUAAGGAUGCGCAGAACGUCGCCAAAAUCCAGGCCGAGUGGGCUAAGAUUCAGCAGCUCCAGGAAGAUAAGGUGCGGCUCGCGGAGAGGCUAGAGCGCAUCGUCUCGCGCGCGAGGGAGAGGGGGCGAGCGGAGUGGCGGCGGGUAGGCGGGAUGGACGUUGACGAGGACGGCCUCGAGAUCAAGGUCGCUACGCCUGAGGGAAUGCCCGCGCCCACUAAGCGAUCGAAGAAGGCGACACCGCUCGCGGCGCAGAUUAGCGCUGGGUUCGGCGUACUCAGUGCAUCCAACUCGCCACGGCAGGGGAGCAUGCCGCCCCCACCCCUCCCGCGAAGCCAGAGCGGGGCGCGCAGCCGUGCUGGCUCGCGCGGGCGUGGGCGCGGGCAUAGCCUUGCAAUGAGCGUCGAACCCGAACCUGUGCCAGAUAUGGAAAUGGAGGUCGAUAUCAUUGACGGCACCGAAGUCGAAGCGGAUGACCAGCUCUACUGUUUCUGCCAGCAGAAGAGCUUUGGCGAGAUGAUCGGAUGCGACAACGACAAGUGCAAGUAUGAAUGGUUCCACAUCAAGUGCGUCAAUCUCACCGCGCCACUACCCGAGACGUGGUACUGCCCAGAGUGCGUCAAGACACUGGGCCUCACAUCGAGCGACGGCAAGCGCGAGCGCAAGGGUCGCAAGAAGUAGGAGUGGAGUGUUAAUUUUCGACAUAUUGUUGUAGAUGUACCACAUAACGAUGACGACUCAACACAUGGCGCUUGGGGGAUCGAGUGAAUCGACACGUAGGUGGAUCUGGGAGGACAACACGAGUAAGUCAAUACUCAAACCGAUCGGCUAGAACAGCCACCCUAGACAGAUC